AUGUUUAUCGAUGACAGACAGGCUCACGACAUCGGAUUGAAGGGGACCAACGGGCCGAGGCCGUCGUACGGCGGCGGGGGCGGCGGCGGCGGAGGAAACAACAAUAACGGCACGAGCGGCGGCGGGGGCGGGGGCGGAAAGGGCGCCCCGCGUGCUAUGACGGCGUCGCAGCAGCAGCAGCAGCAGCAACAGCAACAGCAACAGCAACAGCAACAGCAACAACAGCAGCAGCAACAGCAGCAGCAGGCAGUGGCGGUGGCGGCCAGCGCGGGCGCCCUCAGCAACUCGUACCGCGGGGGCGGCGGAGGCGGCGGCGGCGGCGGGGGCGGCGGCGGCGGGUCGUGGGGCGGCGCCCCGGGCGCGCCCUACGCCGCGCUGCGCUACCCCGCCCCCAUGGGCGCCUCCGCCACCGCCAACGCCACCACCGCCUACUCGCCCGCGUACGCGCACCCCGCCGCGCAAUAUGGUUCACAGCGAGUUCCAACUGCUACUUCUCCUUCUAAUACGAACAGCUCUUCAAGCUCGAACACUGGUUCCCAGAGUGGAACAAUGAACGCAACAAACAUAAGCAACAAUGUGGGAGGCAACGGUGGAGGUGGAGGAGGAGGCAGCUCAGGGGGCGAGCAAUUGUCAAAGACAAAUCUUUAUAUUCGCGGCUUAAAUCAGAAUACAACAGAUAAGGAUCUUGUGAAAAUGUGUUCUCAAUUUGGAACUAUCAUAUCUACAAAGGCAAUUUUAGAUAAAAACACAAAUAAAUGCAAAGGCUAUGGGUUUGUGGACUUUGAGUCACCUAUGGCUGCGGAAUCUGCCGUCAAAGCUUUACAGGCGCAGGGAAUUCAAGCUCAGAUGGCAAAAGUGGGUAUUUCGAUACUCCGUAGGCCACCCAGUCAACAAGAGCAAGAUCCAACAAACCUUUAUAUUGCUAAUUUGCCACCAAAUUUCAAAGAAAAUGAUGUAGACAGUUUAUUAGCCAAAUAUGGUCCAGUCAUCUCAACAAGAAUCCUCAGGGAUACUGAAGGACAGAGCAAGGGUGUUGGUUUUGCCAGGUUGGAGUCUAAGGAAAAAUGUGAACAGAUAAUUCAGGUGUUUAAUGGUAAUCCUCUUGCGGGCUACAAGGAACCAUUAUUAGUGAAGUUUGCGGAUGGAGGAAACAAAAAGCGCAGCUCAUACAAAAAUCCAGAGCAGCGUAGCCCAUGGCGUGAAACAGAUGUACAGCAUUCUACUGGUGCUCCAGUUAGCUAUGAUGCUACUGCUAUGGCCCAGAAUGGAGUAGCUACACAACACAUGUUGCCUGCUUUGGCCCAGUAUGGAAGGCACUAUAGUGCACAAGCAGUGCAGGGUUAUACCUUGCCUACUGCUCCAUGGCUGCCACAAUAUGUAAUGCAACCACACAUGACACAAGUAGAGAUGAUGCCAUCAGCUGAUCCCAGCUCAGUGCAGUAUAGCUCGAUGAUUCCUCAGUUAACAACUCACAUGUCUGCGCUGCAGUUGGGCACGCCUGGUUCAUACAUAGCCAGUGCACAUCCUUAUGGUUUCUACCCACCACCUGGCACGCCAAUUAUUCAUGCUGUGCCAAUUGCGGAGUCUGAACAAACAUCAACAGCAGCCUCGCCAGAUGAGACUUAUGCCUCUUAUCAAACUGCGCAGCAACCAAAGUAAAUGUUUGCUUCAUUAGGUUUAUUUGGUUUAUGAGAGAACAAAAAAAUAGUAAUUACGGCUAGAUUAAUAAUUUGAAGCAAGUUCUUAUAAAUAAAAGGAAGCAGAGACGUGACAGCAGAAUGAGACAGCUUGUCCUUCAAUCUCGCACAUUGUGAGAGAGGAACUUCUGGCUGCAGGCAACUAGAAAUACUGCAAUCUGCUGGGGACUCACACAUACUGACCUCGGACUUGCCACCAUCUACCAGUGAAACAUUACAUCAAAAAUUACAUCAAAGAAGUAAAUACAUAAAAAAGAACAUAGUUUCUUAUUUUUUUACCAUUAGUAUGAAAAUAUGUUUAGCUAUGCUGUCAAUUUUCUCCUCAUUAAAUGUUCCAAUUUUUUACUUUUUAAAUGCCAAAACUAUUUUGUUCUACCAAGCAAAGUAAACUGAGAACUAUUGUUGCCUCGUGUUUUUUAAUUGCCACUCAAAAUCUUUCGUAGUUUUAACUGAUAUAUCAGGGGCUGGAUGUUGAAUAUGAAUCCAGAAUGGCCGAUCACAUGAACUAUACACAUUCCAUUUAAUUUUAUGACUUUUUUUAUUUGAAACAUAUUUGAGGUAACAUUUUUAUUACGUAUAACAAAAUCAAUCUUUGUAAAUAUAUUAUCUUUCUUCUAUUUUGUGAAUUACUAAUACAUGCACUGGGUGCAUGUAUUUCUGUAAUGAUUUACUUUGUUUGAAAUCUGUUUUAUUUUUGGAAUAAAUUGUUCUCUCCAAACAUUUUAUUGAAACCAAUUUCUUGUUCAGUGUAAUGUGGACUACUCACUGCCUGUUGAACUUGCCAAAUAAUGUGAUACUAUUACAUCUUUCUCUUAAUGUAUGAUAUUUCUGGCUAACUUCAUCUGGUUGGAAUGGAUGUUGUUGAUAGUUAUUAGUGUAGUAUGAAAGUAAAAUUUUAGUGCCAUUGUCUUGUUUUCACUAUAUCCAACCAUUUUGAAUGUGCGUAUUUAACAAGUACAGAUAUAUUUAAUAAAACUACUCCAACACAUGAUCAAAAUUUGACAUUUUUGUUUGGGAUUGCAUUAGUGAUGUUUGUCGAAAUGAGAAGUACUUGCUCAGCUCUUGUUUGAAAUCAAACACAUUUCAUUUAAAUAAGUGGGAUGUUAUUUAUAUUCAUAGUAACAGACCAUUCCAUUAAUGGCAUUCUCAAGUUUUUAUUACUUUUCAUGGUAUUCAUUCAUAAUAGUUUUGCAUUGGACAUAUUUAGUAAGAGAACAAAAAAUUGUAAACACGAGGCAAUGAUGAACUGCUGUAUUGGUCAUAAGAUGGUUGUGUUUGAUAACCAUUAUAUGUGCUCAUCAUAUCGAAGAGUAGAUUUUAAUGUUUCUUCCAAAACAGCAAUCUUCCAAAAAAUGAAACCUGCUGAAGAGACACUUCAAUUUUUUUACCCUCCUGUUUUGUUGAUAAAAUUUAUCACUUUUAUAUGAAUUCUAUGUAAUAUCUUAGUGACUAGCAAACAGUGAUAUAUUUAUUCCUGUAAAUAAAGAAGGACGCAAAAAAAAAAAAAAUCGCCAAAUAUUGGUAAUUUGGCAUGAUAUUUGUGGCAAAUCAACUGAAUAUGAAUAUCAUCCAGCAUUGGUAAUGUAUAUCAGUAUCAAUCUAAUUAUUUUUUACUUGAUCAAGAGUGGGUUGAGAUGACUCAUUUGUGUUCCUUGACAGAAGACAUCAUGUUAGAGUAUAGUUAUACCAAACAGAUUGUCAACAAUGUUUGUAACUAUUUACACACAUAUACACCAGUGCCUCAGUCCAGUUACUGUUUCAGUGUUUACAUAAAAGUUACUUGAUGAAUAAUUUGGGUGUGAUAUAUAUGUGUAUUUAUUUUCACUAAUAUGAACGAAAGUCAAUACAGAAUGGUUCUGCAGUGCGAAAUGUUUUAUUAGUAGCCUACACUGUAUGAUUGUAUAGGGUAACAGUCAGUUACCAAAGACUCAAAUAAGACAGGUAAAUCUCUUUCCAUUGUUGCCUCAUGGGAAUUUUUAUACAGUGUUUUUUGAAAAAUAUUUAGGGUUAGAAUGAAUAUUAAAUAUUCAAAAUAAAGCAAGGGAAUUAUGUUAUGAUAUUUACCUGACAUUUUUAAUGAAAUAUAUGCAGUGUUUUAAUAUUUCAUCCAAAAUUUCAUUUACUAAUGAAAAUAUAAAAUCUGUAUGUUUGACUGUGGAUAAAAUUACCAAUGCUGGAUUAUUCAUUUAUGGCGGUUACUACAUAAGUGAUAUGGGAGGAAAUCCAUAUCAGUACUUUCACAUUCCAAUUGACAAAUACUUCGCUGUGUAUUCAAAUUAGAUAGUGUUUCAUUUGAAAACAUUUUUAAUGUGUCUUCUUAGAACUAUGUUUUCUCAUUCAACAUGAACAAAUUCAUUUCUCAUCACACCUGUUACCAUUGACGUGAAAGAUCUUUAUUCAACUUGAUUAAUUUUUUAACAAUUUUUUUAGAUAUUGUGCCUUUUCAUGAUGAUUCAAGACAGGGAAGUAACUAAUAUAUAAGAUUAAAACUACCUGUGAAGCCAAAUUAUCUUCUAGUUACUAAUGUUUUUUGUCGUAGAUGUUUGCAAACUAUUGUACAUUAAUUUGUGUUAGAGUUGAGCCUAGUUCUUUAUCAAAAAUGACCGAAUCAAUAUAUUUUAGAUUAUAAUAGUGAUUGAGAUUGAAGAUCGUUUUGAUCACAUAGAAUGAAGUUUUUGAUAAAAUCUGAUAUUUCCGAAUUAAUAUAAUCUGUUAGUAUCAUUGUGUUUCUGCAGGCAAAUUGCUCUUCCUUUGCUGUUGUUUUCAUUUGAACAGUUUUAUUGUUAUAGCCUUAUUUGUUUUAUUUUUUCACUUGUUUUCCCAUAUAAUUUAAAAACAUUUCAAAGAAAUAUUAGUAUUAAUUGGAGAAGAAUGUUAUAAAUAUUUUGUAAAUUGUCAGUAAUAGGUCAUUGGGAGUGCAUUAAUUACAAAGUCAGUCUGAAAUAGGAAAUUGUGAAGUCAGCUGUGAUUAGCACUGAAUCUUGUAAGAAAUGAGCGUCCCCUUGAUUUAUUUUUCUAUUAUGUUUUGUUUAGAGAUAAAGUAAGAUUAUUUGGUCUUUAUUAACUCAAUAUGUAGGAUUCUGUUAUGUGAUGGUGGUGGUACUAGUGUGUUUUCACACUUUUGGUUUGCUUGGCAGCAUGGUAGUUACACAAGUUGCAACCAUACCCCAACGUCUUGUAACCCUAUCCUACAGCCUUUUGUAAAGUGAUUUUUUGAACCAUCGUGUUUAAAUAGGAGCUAAGAGGUCUGUAGAUCAUGCAUUGUAUUAUUGUAAUUAAAUAAGAUUUUACACUGUUGAAAUCUGAAGUGAACAAAAAUAUAUUUAGUUUAUUUUGGUACAUCUGAAUUUGAUGGUGAAAGCGUAACUAUUUUUUAAAGAACACAUUAAUUGACAACUGAGUCCAUAUUAAUAUAUUUAAAAUGUGUGUGUCGUUAAACGUGCGUGUGUCAAGCAAAAGACAGUUGCUGUUGUAAAAGGAUUUGAAAAAGAGUAAAAGAAGUGAUUUUUUUCAGUCCUUUUAGAUUUUGACUACAUAUACAUUAAAAAGACUUUGUAAUUUGUUAGUCAAAGAUGACCUGCAGUUCUCGUGUAAAUGUACAAUAAAUCCGUUUGGAUUUAUUGUUAUAAUGAACUUUAUAUUACCAGAACGUUACUGAAAUGGAAUGAAGGACUUAUCUGGCAGUCUUUGAAAUCAGAAGAGUUUCUCUUGAAGUUACAGAAAAAAAAUGAAUACUUGCUUUUUAGGAGCUUUUAAGUACAGCAGCGCCAAGUUGCAUUUGGUGCAAACAACUAGCUUCUAGGAUAGUUGUAGUUAAAGUAACUAUUACUUGUAGACUAAUUGUACUGUUAAUGUGAUCUGUUUGAUUGAAAGUUGAAUGAAGAUGCUUUGUAUAGAAGUAGAAGUAAAUUUAUAGCUUAGCUAGAAAUAAUUAGGGUUAUUGUUUUUGAGAGGUGAUUUUUGUAGAAAUUUCAGCAAAAAAUUAUGUUUUUAAUUGGUGUUCAUGAUGCAUAAGUUAUGAUUCAUGAAUUUGUUGUUAUAUGAAAAAAUUUGUGCAAGUUUGUUUUCCCUCUCCUCUAUUUUGUAUUAUACAAGUUAAGUCCUUUGUGUCAGUAAAACAAAACAAAAUAUCUGUCGUGUUUGUCAAAAUGUGUCGGUUUAAUGUUUUGUGUGAAAGAUACAGUUAAAACAUUAGACUGUAGUUCUUAGAUGUUAAAAUACAAGUUGAAAGAAAAACUUCAUGUAGAGUUUGGGACAUUUCAAAAUGUAGUUAAGUAGUUUUUAUCUAAGAUAGUUUGUAAGUUUUUUUAUUAUUAUUUCAUUACUAAGGAGGCUGAGCCAUAGAAGAGGAAGUGAACUUGCAUGCAAUUUUUUUUUUACAAAAUACCUUUUGCUUGCAAGUUUAUGCAAGUUAAUGAUACAUUUAAGAAUGAGAACGUUGUGGCCAGUUCUGUAGCUGAUGAAGCCCUGGGCAUUGGACAGUUUAAGUGCCCUUAGUUAUUUUUCUUCUCUCAGACACCUUCUGACUUACCUGUCCCUUCGAGAUAUCCUAGUCUUUUAAUGUAAAAUAGUAUUUUGUGCAUACAUCAAAGAAGCCACUUCUGUAGUCUUUUUAACUGUAUAAUACAAUUCGUGUAUGUGCAACAUUCGGUUAGUUAUCCUACAAAUGAAUUAUUGAAUGUACAGUUUAAUUUUGAAGUUCGUAGGCCCUGUUUGUAGAAAUGUUUUGGUGCUUAGAUAGCUAUCGGCACUGUUAAGAAGUGGCUUCUCUUUUGUAUGUUGCUGGCUUUUUUUCCUGGGCAUCACCCUCUUGCUGAAUGUUUCUCAAGACUUAAAAAUAUUCAAAUGGUAUGCCUGAUAUAUGUAGUAAGCUAAGGGUAUGAAAAUUAGCAAGAUAUAAAAAUACGAAUAUAAAAGAAAGUUUAUUUUGUUACACAACUUUUUUGUGAAAAAAGUUUUUUCUUAUAUCAAAAAUGUGAAGUGUUUUGUAGUGGUAGAUUAUUUUCUCUCAUGCAGAUAUUGGUCUAGGCAUGUUAUAUGCAAGUACGUUCAGCAGUUGGAAUGCAUAUAAAGUUUAAGAAUUUAAAGAAAGCAUAGGAUUUGUGUUGGAGUGAGAUGUGUUAUAUAGAUGGCAGUACUGUAUACUUUUUUUAAUAGAUAAGAAUUUAAAUCCUGAAAUUGAACUUUAAAGUUCCUUGUAAAUAUUUCCUGCAACACUAUGUUUCAGCCUCAAAGUAGUUAGCUUUUUUGAAUGAAAUCAAACUAGAUUGAAUCCAUAGUUUGUUUUUCAUUUUUAAAACUAAAUUACAGACAUUUUUUACGGUUAAGGAGUUUUGGCUUGCCGUGAUUUGGUGGAACAAGUAACUGUCUGCAUUCCACGUCUUCCCAUAACAUAUAGGAAAGCUAUUUAGUAGUGGAAGAAAUGGAUGUAUCACAAGCUUACAGGGAAUUAGUGUAUCAAAAUGGAACAUAUUGUGUGGCAGUUUUCUUUUCCAUGUGCAUAUGUGGCAAGCAUAUUGAAGAACAAGGAAACUGAUGCUAGUGCAAGAAGACAGUGGGAGAAAUGAAAGAAAAUUUCAAGACUCUGCCUCUAGGAUAGUGGAUUUCUUUUCUUAAUCACUGUUUUGUUUUAUUCUAGACUUUGAACAGUGUUUUUGGUGCGUGUGGGGGCACAUUGUGUGAAUGGCAGUCAAGACUUUAGGAAAGUGUUACAGAAGGUAUUUAAAAACUUGUUUUGAUGCUGUGACAUCAACUCUUUUUCUUUUCCAUGUUUUUUUCCUCUUUAUUUGUUAAAUAGUUAUUUUUAAAAUAAUUGUAACAUAUCGAAUGCCUGAUCUGGCUAUCAUGAACCAUAAUUUGCAUGAAAGGAAAAUGCUACCUGUGAGCAUUGAGCCUUAUUAGUGGUAUUCCUUUUGCAACUUGUGGCCAAUGAAAUGCAGUAUGGUUUAGUGAAGAGAGUUUCUUGUUGAUUAUUCUUUUUAGCACCAUGAUGUUCUUGCUAUGAACAGCAAGUUUUUACAGGAUGUGGAAAGUGUUAAAAGUAAGGGUCAUUUGUGUAUGACAUAGUGAAACAGGAAGGUGCUGUUUUUCUUUUGCAGAACAAAGGAUGUAUCCAUUGCAAAAGAUAAAACCAUUUCAUUCUGCUAUGCUCAAGUAGUAAUUUUAUUGUAAGGUACACCUGAAGGAAAUGCGUGUAGUAUAGGCGAGGUACAACUUUUAUCUGUCCUAGUGUAGUGUUAUAUGCAAGUGACUCUUUGUAUAUGCAUCUUGUGCCUCACAGCUGUUGCUCAGAUGUAGCUCAGCUUUCUCUGUUUAAUUCUAGCUGUCGUUGCCAUGUACAUGCACUUCCUUCUUUGUUAGAUUUAAGAAGAUGAAGAUGACCUACCAUCUUGAGGUAUGGUUUUUUCUGCAAGGGGAUGUUGGGUUUUUAGUAUUGCAUUUGUCUUCAAUUUUUUCUUAUUAUGUCAGAUAACGGCUUCGUGUAACUUUUGCUGACAUUUAGAACAACUUAUAUUGGAAAUUUGUUUUUGCUAAUGAACUAAAUUAUCAUGGAGUCGAUUUCUCCAUGCCAUGAAUAAACAUUCAGUUUAUUUUUACUGCAUCCCAUCUUCAGUCAGUUAUGUGCAAUAUAAUUCCCAGGUUUUACAUCAUAUGAACUUUUGUGUUCUGAAUUCUUGAAAGUUAGGAAAUAAGAACCAUAAUCACUUAGAAAAUGUAGAUUUUUCAGAGUAUUGGCAGGAGAAAGAAACAUGUUGAAAUGUUGAAUUCUUCCAAUAUUUUUAUGUUUCAAGAGUUACCCACUUAAUGAUUCACCAAUCCAAAGAUUUUUUUCCUUUAAAAAUUGACCCUUUAGAUUUUUGUUAUUAUAUCAUUAAAUUAUUUUAGAAUAGAUGAGGAAAAAAAGUAUAUAUAGAUAUAUCAAGUCAUUUUCACCUUUAGAUCUGAGACUUAGUGAGAUGAACAUAAAAUACAUGGUAGGCUCUUGGAGAAAUUCUUCGUGGUGUGAUAAAAACAAGCAAAGUUAAUGGUGGUAUGGAUUGAAAGUGCUUGCUUUUAAGUUUUAAUAGGCCUAUGAAAAUAUAAGCCUAGCUUGUAAAGUGGUUUGAGACCUAUGUUUUUAAGUAAGCCUAUACACAAUGCAGAUGGACAAUAACCCGUUGCUCAGCUGUAGAUGUUUCUGUACCGUGUAAGGUAUUUUAUGAACACAUGAACCAUGAUUUCCACCUCUGUAUAUAUUGUAGUUCAGUCCAAUAACAUGCUUGAAUCUAUCACACUGCAGGUUUUUAUUACACUGUCAGCAAACACUUACUCGAUGUAGCAUUGUAUUACUAGUUUCUUAAUUUGGUGCUGUUGGCAUUUGGGAAAGAAAAACACUACAAAUUAUUCUUCUUUUAGUAUUGUUUUUUUAUUGCGUUUUUAUUCCUAAUGGUUUAGCAGUAGUAUACUUUGUUGAAUGAGACUGAAUCCGUAAAAUCAUAGAACAUUGAUCUAGAUACAAGAUCAGGAAAACAAUCAAAAUGUGGAAGAGUGAUCCAGUAGUAGUAAGAAUGAAUAGUCAGAGGAAUGGAGUACCGCACAUUUUGAUUCAAUGAUAGACUGACAUUUAUUUCAUAUAAUUUUAAGAUGACAUUUUAACCAAACAUAAACCUAGACGUACAUCUUGGAGGGGCCAAUUUAUGUAUUUGUUUAAAAUCAGUGGAUUUUAGCCGUUUGUUGGUUGUAUAUUGUGCUGGUAGAAUUCAAUUGUUAAAGAAAUUAAUAAUACAAUGUGCUAACAAGAUAGGUGCUUGUUUCAUUUCCAAGAAAAGUAUUUUCAUAAAACAUCAAGGUUGGUUUAGUAUUUGUUGAGUGAUAAAUUAUGCCUAGUUCUGGUAGGUUUAUUUUAAUAUUGGUAAAUGUUGCUGUCUCAGUGUAUAGAUUUAUAUAUUUUAUCAAGAGUAACAAGAAACUCUGUUCAUUAUGCUUAUAAGUUACAUAGGAAUGAUUGGUUUAUUAGUGUGAGUGGUCAAGAAAUGCUGAAUGCAAUGUAAAAUAAAAUUAAAAAAAAAAGGUUUGUGAAGUCAUUUGUCGGUUUGGCUUAAGCAAA